GGAACAAGACUAGAGUAGUUCCAGUCCUCCAGGGUCAGAGAGCCGACUCUCCUCAAUAAAACCACAGCAGAAAUGAAUAUCUGUCAUCAACACCAACAUCGCUGCUGCUUCUGACAGUUUCUGAACUUUACUCGUUCCAUGGAUCCAUUCACUGAAUCCAGUCUGCCAAGAGUUAACGAGACUGAAUUACACCUGGAGAUGAGGGGGUGGAGUCUGGACUCUUACCUGUGAAGCUUUUUGAGACUCAGAUUUGGUUUUUCAUGCCGUGGAAUUGAGUCAUCAGGAGAGCUGUGGACCGAUCCAACAAACUAUGAAAGUAGAAGGUGUGUGUGAGCUGAUGUGAAUCCAGCAGCAUGGAUCAGUGUGAGGACAGAGAGGAGGGAGUCCUUCCCUCCAAAACCUCCCCCAGGGGAAAACCUGAGAGAGAAGAAGAGAGGAGACCUGGACCUGGACCUGGACCUGGACCUGAACCUGGACCUGGACCUGAACCUGGACCUGGAUCUGGACCUGGACCUGGACCUGGACCUGGACCUGGAUCUGGACCUGGACCUGGAUCUGAGCCCAGCUGUGUGUCCUUGAAGAGUGACAGAUCAAAGGGUUUCUAUAUCGGUUUUAAAGAUGAUCCUGGUUUUCCUUCAGAGGGAGUGGACCAGCAGAUCUCAGAGUCCCCCAGCGGUCCGUCUGUCCAGCAGCAUCAGACCCAGCUGGACUCCAUCUUUCAGCUGCUGGAGGACGACAUCGUCAUGUUUGUGAAGGACGAGCUGAAGAAGAUCCAGGAGGUUCUGAGUCCAGAUUACCCAGAAUCCUCAGAGAGUCUGGAGGAGGAUGAAGAUGAAGAGCAGAAGAGUAUCAGAGAGACACUCGUGAAGAUCACAGUGAAGUUCUUGAGGAGGAGGAAGCAGGAGAAGCUGGCCGACCUCCUGCAGAGCAAGACCUUCGCUGCCAUUUGUCAAUCCAAACUCAAAGGUCAGCUGCAGAAGAAGCACCAGCAUGUGUCUGAGGGGAUCACUAAAGCAGGAAAGAAAACCCUUCUGGAGCAGAUCUACACGGAGCUCUACAUCACAGAGGGAGGGACCGGAGAGGUCAACGAAGAACAUGAAGUCAGACAGAUUGAAGCAGCUUCCAGGAAACCAGACAGAGCAGAAACAGCUGUCAGACAGAAAGACAUCUUUAAUCCCCCACCUGGAAGAAAAGGACCAAUCAGAACGGUGAUGACGAAGGGAGUGGCCGGCAUCGGGAAAACAGUCCUAACACAGAAGUUCAGUCUGGACUGGGCUGAAGGCAGAACCAACCAGGACAUCCAGUUCCUGCUUCCAUUCACCUUCAGAGAGCUGAAUGUGCUGAGAGAGAAGUUCAGCUUGGUGGAACUAGUUCAUCGAUUCUUCUCUGAAACCAAAGACAUCUGCAGCUUUGAAGAGUUCCAGGUCGUGUUCAUCUUUGACGGUCUGGAUGAGAGUCGACUUCCUCUGGACUUCCACAAAUCUACAUUCCUCAGUGACCCCAGAAGGUCCACCUCAGUGGACGUGCUGCUGACAAACCUCAUCAGGGGGAACCUGCUUCCUUCUGCUCGUCUCUGGAUCACCACACGGCCCGCAGCAGCGAAUCAGAUCCCUCCUGACUGUGUUGACAUGGUGACAGAAGUCAGAGGGUUCACUGACCCACAGAAGGAGGAAUACUUCAGGAAGAGGUUCAGAGAAGAGGAGCAAACCAGCAGGAUCAUCUCCCACAUCAGGACAUCACGGAGCCUCCACAUCAUGUGCCACAUCCCAGUCUUCUGCUGGAUCACUGCUACGGUCCUGGAGAACAUCCUGAAAACCAGAGAGGGAGGGGGGUUGCCCAAGACCCUGACUGAGAUGUACAUCCACUUCCUGGUGGUCCAGGCCAAACUGAAGAGGGCCAAGUAUGACGGAGGAGCUGAGACUGAUGAUCACUGGAGUCCAGAGAGCAGGGAGAUGGUGGAGUCUCUGGGAAAACUGGCUUUUGAGCAGCUGCAGAAAGGAAACCUGAUCUUCUAUGAAUCAGACCUGAGAGAGUGUGGCUUUGAUGACAGACAGGCUUCAGUGUACUCCGGAGUGUUCACCCAGAUAUUUAGAGAGGAGAGACGCCUGUACCAGGACCAGGUCUUCUGCUUCAUCCAUCUGAGUGUUCAGGAGUUUCUGGCUGCUCUUCAUGUUCAUCUGACCUUCAUCAACUCUGGAGUCAACCUGCUGGAAGAUCAACUAACAACUCACCCUUCUUCAAUCGGUUUCUAUCAGACAGCUGUGGACAAGGCCUUACAGAGUCCCAACGGACAUCUGGACUUGUUCCUGCGCUUCCUCCUGGGUCUUUCACUGGAGACCAAUCAGAACCUCCUACGAGGUCUGAUGACAUCAAACCAAGGAAGUUCACAGAACAAUCAGGAAACCAUUGAAUACAUCAAGAAGAAGAUCAGUGAGGAUCUGUCUGCAGAGAGAAGCAUCAACCUGUUCCACUGUCUGAAUGAACUGAACGAUCAGUCUCUGGUGGAGGAGAUCCAAGAGUCCCUGAGGUCUGGACGUCUCUCCAGAGAUAAACUGUCUCCUGCUCAGUGGUCGGCUCUGGUCUUCAUCUUACUGUCAUCAGAAGAAGAUCUGGAAGUGUUUGACCUGAAGAAGUUCUCAGCUUCAGAGGAGGCUCUACGGAGGCUGCUGCCGGUGGUCAAAGCCUCCAAGAAAGUUCUACUGAGUGGCUGUAACCUCUCAGGGAACAUCUGUCCACUUCUGUCCUCAGUUCUCAGCUCUCAGUCCUCCAGUCUGACAGAACUGGACCUGAGUAACAACGACCUGCAGGAUUCUGGACUGAAGAAGCUGUGUCCUGGACUGGAGAGUCCACACUGUAAACUGGAGUCUCUCAGACUGAGUGGCUGUCACCUCUCAGGGAACAUCUGUCCACUUCUGUCCUCAGUUCUCAGCUCUCAGUCCUCCAGUCUGACAGAACUGGACCUGAGCAACAACGACCUGCAGGAUUCUGGACUGGAGCAGCUGUGUCCUGGACUGGAGAGUCCACACUGCAAACUGGAGUCUCUCAGGCUGUCAGGCUGUCUGAUCUCAGAGGAAGGAAGUUCUUCUCUGGUCUCAGCUCUGACCUCCAACCCAUCCCACUUGAGAGAGCUGGACCUGAGCUACAAUCAUCCAGGGGAGUCAGCAGGGGAGCUUCGGUCUAGACUGGAGGAUCCCCGCUGGAGACUGGCCACUCUCAGGGUGGAGCCUGCUGGACAACGAUGGCUGACACCAGGUCUGAUGAAGUAUUCCUGUCAACUCACCGUCGACACAAACACAGUCCACAACAAGAUCAAACUGUCUGAUGACAACAGGACGAUGACACGUGUGAAGGAGUAUCAGUCGUAUCCUGAUCAUCCAGACAGGUUUGAUGAUCAUCGUCAGCUGCUGUGUAGAGAAGUUCUGACGGGUCGCUGUUACUGGGAGGUCCAGUGGAGAGGAGAGGUUUCUGUAUCAGUGAGUUACAGAAGAAUCAGCAGGAGAGGAGACUCUGGUGACUGUUGGUUUGGAGGAAACGAUCAUUCCUGGAGUCUGGACUGUGAUCCAGGUGGUCAGUACAGUGUCCGUCACAAUAACAGAGAAACAUCCAUCACCUCCUCAUCUCCAUGUCCAGACUCUGGCAGAGCAGCAGUUUACGUGGACGUUCCUGCUGGAACUCUGUCCUUCUUUGAAGUCUCUGUCUCUGACAGACUGAUCCACCUCCACACCUUCAACACCACCUUCACUGAACCUCUCUAUGCUGGAUUUAGAUUUGGAGUCUGGUCUGGGUCCUCGACCAUAUCCAAGAUAAGCUACAUGUUAAGGACCUUGUAUGUGCCUGGUUCAGUGUCUCUGUGUCCACUUUAGUCUCCAGAGUCUCCGCUCAGAGAAACUGUCUCUGUUGGAUCCUGGACUUGGACUCUGGUUCUGGUUCCUCAGAGUCUCCAUGAAGAUGAUGAUGAUGAUGAUGAUGAUGAUGAUGAUGAUGAUGAUGAUGAUGAUGAUGAUGAUGAUGAUGAUCACCUUUUAUCUUUAGUUUUUUGGUUUAUUGUAUUUUAUUUGAUCUUUUUCACAUUUAAACAUUAAAUAAUUUACUGGAUUGUUGAUGUUUGAUCAUGAAUUAGAUUUUUAUCUCAUCAUUCUUGUUUUAUUCUUGAUUCUGUCUCUAAAUGUUUUCAUGUUUGACUUCACGUUUAGAUUCUUAGAAUCUUGUUUCUUCCCUGAAAGAAAGUUUGAGCUUCAAAUCUAAACAUUUCCAUUUUACAUUCAACUUUUCCAGUUUGUACAAUAUUUGAUUGAUUUAUCUGAUUGUUUUAAUUUGAUUCCUUCAAUUUUCAAAGUUGUUGAUGUAAAAAUGAAGUGAGAAGAUGUAAAUAUUAAUGUAACAUCCAACAUGUAAAAACAUCAGCAGCAUGUGUAAAAGUAUUCAAGUACUCUUGAAAUAAACCAACAUCAGCGUUAGAAA